AUGUACGGUAAUCAGCAGCCUUUAUUUGUAUUAGCGCCCGAAGCUGAGCGUUUGCAUGGAAAUCAAACUCAAAUUGAUAGUAUUGAUGCAGCAAACGCUGUAUCUUCUAUUAUAAAAACCACUCUUGGACCUAAUAGUAUGCUAAAGUUAAUGUUAGAUCCGAUGGGUGGAACAGUUAUUACUAAUGAUGGAAAUGCUAUAUUAAGAGAGAUCGAUGUAACUCAUCCCGCUGCUAAAGCUUUGAUUGAACUUAGUCGUACUCAGGACGAUGAAGUCGGUGAUGGUACAACAUCAGUUGUUUUAUUAGCAAGUUCGAUAUUAUCUUCAACAAAAAAAUAUCUGGUCGAAAAAAUACAUCCUACCUAUCUUGUUCAAGGCUAUUAUUUAGCUUUGUCAGAAAUUUUAUCUUAUUUAGAUUCGAUUGCUACAAAAUUAGACACGAACGAUUCUAACGUCAUGUUAAGUAUUUUGAAAGCUUCUUUACAGACGAAAUUUUCUGAACAAUGGUCAAACAAAAUUUCUACAUUAGCUCUGCGAGCUUGUAAAUUAAUACUUGUAGAGCUUUCUAAUACUAAAAAGGAAAUCGACAUUAAACGUUAUAUUAGAAUUGAAAAAAUUGUAGGAGGUUUAUUAGAAGACAGCCAAGUAAUAGAUGGUUUAGUUAUGGAAAAAGAUGUUACGCAUAGCAGAAUGGCACGAAAAAUUGUUGAUCCAAAAAUAUUGUUAUUAGAUUGCCCUCUCGAAUAUAAAAAAGGCGAAUCAAUGACCAAUAUUGAGAUAUCUAAUGCUGAUGAUUUUGAAAAAAUUCUUGAACAGGAAGAAAAGGAAAUUAAGAAAAUGACUCAAUUCAUUAUUAAAUCAGGAGCUAAUCUGGUCAUUACUGAAAAAGGUGUCAGUGAUCUAGCUGCUCACUAUUUAAUGAAAGCAAAUGUUACUGUAAUAAGAAGGGCUAAAAAAACUGAACAAAAUAGACUUGUAAAAAUAACAGGAGCAAAGAUCAUUAAUAGAUGUGAAGAAAUAACACAAGCUAGUCUUGGCAUCAAAUGCCAUCUAUUUGAAGUAAAAAAAAUUGAUGAUAGCUAUUGGACAUUUUUAACUAAAUGUGAAGAUCCACAAGCUUGUAGCGUCAUUUUACGUGGAGGAUCAAAAGAUACCUUGAAUGAAGUUGAACGUAACUUGCACGAUGCUUUGUGUGUUGCAAGAUGCUUAUUUUUAGAUCCUCGUAUUGUUGCUGGCGGCGGUGCAACAGAAAUUGAAUUAAGUUGCCAUCUUGACAGACUCGCAUCUAAAUACUCUGAUUCAACUACUUGGGGUAUACAAGCAAUCGCAAAAGCUCUUCAAAUCAUACCCUUAAUACUAUUACAGAAUUCUGGUGGUCCUGUUUAUACAGGAUUAUCUAAAUUAAUAACUUUACAUCAAGAAGGCUCUAAUAAUAAAAAUUUUGGCGUUUGUGGAUUUACUGGUGAUAUUGUGAAUACAUACGAAAAACAGAUUUAUGACACAGUAACAUCAAAAAUUCAAAUUAUUAAAUCGGCUGUUGAGUGUUGCGCAAUGAUCAUUCGUGUUGACGAUAUAUUAUCUGGCUUAAGUGCACAAAAUAAAGAUAAAAAUUCAGGUAUUUCGGAUUUAGCAGUCUAG